CCCGGAAGUGCUCGUCGUCCCGGAAGUCGCGAGUCCAGCCGCUCGGUCUCUUUCCGCCGCCAUCUUGGGCCCUGCUCCCCGCACAAAAUGCCUGGUGAAGCUACAGAAACCGUCCCGGCCACGGAGCAGGAGCUGCCGCAGCCGCAGGCUGAGACAGCUCCAGCUGCCCUUCCUCCCGCAGCCCCUGUUACUGCUCCUGUCGCAGCACCAGCUGUUCUUCAUGCUGCUCAUUCCCCACCUCUGACUCCAUCUCCGGGCCCGGCUGGCCUGGCUCUCCCAGCGGAGCCCCCCAGCCCCGCCACGGCUCUGCCAGCCCCUGCCGGCCCCCCGGCCCCUGUUUCCCCCCCUGUGGUCCCAGCUGCAGCAAUCCCAGUGUUUUCUGUUCCCCCCCAGCUCCCUGCCCCAGCUCUGCAGGUCCCAGUUACCCCUUCCCCUCCUCCAGCUCCGCAGUCCCCGACGGGUUUUGCAGCCCCAGGAUCUCCAGGGCCUGCCCCAGUUCGCCCAGUGUCUCCGGGACUCCCAGGCCCGGUGUCCCCUGCUCUGGCUGCUGGUCUGGCCGCAGCGACGGUGGCCCCCCUCGCCCCCGCUGUGAGCCCUGCUUCUCCCCCUGCAGCGCUCUCCUCUCCUGUGAAAGCUGCCCCCCCUGCCGCCCCUCUGAGCCCCGCGGGAGCUGCGGCCCAGGCCCCUCUCCCUGCCCCUGUGGCAGCCUUGGCAGCCCCUGCUUCUUCCCAGAGCCCAGGAGCAGCCCCGGCUGCUCUCCCACCAUCCCCUUCCCUUCCGGCAUCUCCCCCGUCAGCAGCCCCCACUCUCUUGCCUGCUCCCCCCAUGCCUCCCGAGGCUGCGGUUUGUCUCCAGAGCCCGGGCUCUCCCCCUCUUCCCGCAGCAGCCCCUCCCUGCCCUGCCAUGACACCGGCACCAGCUGCCCCAGCAGUACCAGCGUCUCCUGGCAGCCCUGCCUCCACCCUGCUGGCUUCUGCUUCGGCCUCUCCCCUACCCCCCCUCACUCCUCCUCAGCGCCCGGCCCUGGCCAGCGCCAUCUCUCCGCCUGCCUUCCUGGCUGCCCCCAUGGCCCCGUUGUCACCCCCUGCCCCUCUGGUGCCAGCUGGGAUGUCUCCUGGGAGUCCCGCUGCUGCCCCACAGGGCCCAGCCCCUGGUGCUCCAGUGUCUCCACUGGGUCCAGUUGCUCCUGUUGCCAAGAGCGGUCCUGUGGGCCCUGCCCCGGUGGCCCCAGCUGCUGCCCCUGCGGCUCCAGCUGCGGGAGACCCAGUCCCUCCCUCUGUGGCCAGGACACCUCCCGGGAGCCCGGACUCUCAGGCAGCACCUGCCGCUGCAGCAGCUCCCAUCGCUCCUGCCCUGUCCAAACCCUCUCCGGGAGCUGCUGCGUCUCCCCCAGAGCCACCGGCACCAGCAGCUCCCAGUGCCGCACCAGCAGCUCCCAGUGCCGCACCAGCAGCUCCCAGUGCCGCACCAGCAGCCGUGGCCGCUUUGGCCAAAGCGGCUCCAGCGAGCCCUGGCUCCCCACCAGCAGCUCCUGUGCCUGCUGCCCCCUUGGCCCCUGCCAGCUCCCCGCCUGUCACACCGGUGAUGGCAGCUCCAGCUGCCCCUCCCGUGGCCAAAGCGGCACCUGCGAGCCCAGUCCCUGCCCCGACGUCUCCGUCUGGCCCUGCCGCACCAGCUCCUGCAGCUCCGCCAGCUCCAGCUGUCCCUCCUGCAGCCAAAGUGGCCCCCGUGAGCCCCAUCGCUGCCCCAUCUGCACCCUUGGCCCCUGCCAGCUCCCCGCCUGUCACACCGGCGGUGGCAGCGAUGGCAGCUCCAGCCACCCCUCCUGUGGCCAAAGUGCCUCCUGUGAGCCCGGUCACUGGCCCAUCUGCUCCCUCUGCCCUUGCGGCACCGGCAAUGGCAGCUCCGGCAGCUCCAGCUGCCCCUCCUACAGCCAAAGUGGCUCCCAAGAGCCCUGUUGCUGCCACGCCAACCCCUGCCACACCAGCUCCUGCGGCUCCUGCAGCUCCAGCUGCAGCCAAAAAGCCUGCAAAGAGCAGCCCUGUCACUGCCCCGGCUGCUCCCUCUGCCCCCGCCACUCCAGUGCCAGUGGCUCCACCACCUCCGGCCACCCCGGCUGCGGGCAAGGCAGCUCCCAAGAGCCCUCCUGUAGGCACACCACCUCCUGCAGCUCCAGCCGUGCCCCCGGUAGCCAAAGCGGCUCCCCAGAGCCUGGCGGCACCUGGCACGCCAGCUCCUGCUCCAGGCAUGGCUGCCCCAGCCCCGGGGGUUCCUGGUGCCCCCCCAAAGCCAUCAGCCACCCCUGCUCCCCAGAAACCAGAAGCCGUCCUCCCUGGUAACGUCCCCGUACCUGCCUCUUCUGGGCCGAGCGCUCCCCCUGCGAAGAAGCAGACCCCUCCCAGUAAGGUCACCAAACCGGCCCCCCGCCACCCCCCAUCCAAACCCCCCUCGAAGACCCCGGCCCCUGUCAGCGCUGCCAUCGAGGACGACGAUCUGCCACCUCUGAUCCCCCCAGAGCUGCCCGCUGCUGAGCCGCCGGUGCAGCCCAUCCUGGUGGACCUCUCUCCCCGAGCAGCCGUGGCCCCCGCUGAGGCCCCUGCUCCUCCGGCUAAGCAGCCUGUCCUGAAGAAUGACAAGGGGUCCGGAACAGAGUCUGACAGUGAUGAAUCCGUACCAGAGCUUGAAGAGCAAGAUUCCACACAGGCCACGACACAGCAGGCACAGCUUGCAGCAGCAGCCGAAAUAGAUGAAGAACCCGUUAGCAAAGCAAAACAGAGCCGGAGCGAAAAGAAAGCACGGAAGGCAAUGUCUAAACUGGGCCUUCGCCAGGUGACAGGAGUAACCAGAGUCACUAUCCGGAAAUCUAAGAACAUCCUCUUUGUCAUCACAAAGCCAGACGUGUACAAGAGCCCAGCAUCAGACACCUACAUAGUCUUUGGCGAAGCGAAGAUCGAAGACCUGUCCCAGCAGGCCCAGCUUGCAGCUGCCGAAAAGUUCAAAGUGCAAGGAGAAGCCGUUUCAAACAUCCAAGAAAACACACAGACCCCCACCGUGCAGGAGGAGAGCGAGGAAGAAGAGGUUGACGAAACCGGCGUCGAGGUGAAAGACAUUGAGCUGGUGAUGUCGCAGGCGAACGUGUCCCGAGCAAAGGCAGUCCGUGCCCUGAAGAACAACAGUAACGAUAUUGUAAAUGCGAUAAUGGAGUUGACGAUGUAGCUGCCAGAGGGAGGAGCCUUUUUUGGUGUUUCAGAGAAGAGUAAAAUGCAACUAAAUUUAAAAUUUGUACUAUUUCUAUCAAUUAAUAAAAGUUGUGGCUUAUUGUUGGUGAAACAC